GAAGUGCACAAAUACGCACGAAUUUAUACAGGAAAAGACACGUAAAAUUAAGCCCUUUUUUUAAAAAUUUAAAAAAAAAACAAUAAGAGGGCUAUAAAGCUAGAGACGACGGUGCGGGAGGUAAUUACAAAGCAGCAGGAGAAGUUGAGUGGUAGGAGGCGAUGGAUCCGGGCGAGGCCUUCUCGGAGAACGUUUACAAGUGGGAUCCGCGCGGCGCGCCGCCGCACCCAUGCCGCCUCGUCCAGCCCCUCCCUCUGCCACCGCUGCCGCCGCCGAUGGUUCCGCAGCCGGCUGCCGAGGCAGAGGAUCAGCGACCUAGGGAGCUGGGCGAGGUGUUCUCGGGAUACGGCGUACGGUACGCGACGGUGGCGCGGAUCGGUGAGUUGGGAUUCACUGCGUCGACGCUGGUGGGCAUGACGGAGGCGGAAGUCGACGAUAUGAUGGCCACCCUCGCUCACCUCUUCCGGUGGGACCUCCUCCUCGGCGAGCGCUACGGCAUCAAGGCCGCUCUCCGCGCAGAGCGCCGCCGCCUGGUAAACUCCCGCCUUAUGCUCCAGAACCGCGGCCACCACCGACUGGACGACGAAGGUCGCCGUCUCCUUUUACUGAACGACCAUCAACUCCAAGGCAAUAGCAUCGCCCUCGACGCUCUUUCUCAAGAAGGACUAUCAGAGGAGCCGGUGCAGCUCGAGAAAGAAGCAGCAGGGAGCGGAGGAGACACCGCCACGGCCGUCGCCAAGAAGGACGUCAAGGGCAAGGCCAAGAAGAGAAGUAGUGGACGAAAGAAAAUUAAGAAAAAGAGAUCCUUUCAACAAGGGGAGGAAGAAGAGGAAGAGGAGGAGGUGGAGGAGGAAGAAGAAGAGGAGGAGUGGGGAUCGGGGUCGGAGACGUCGGGUAAGAGCCUGCGAGCGGAGCGACAGAGGGAGCACCCGUUCAUCGUGACGGAGCCGGGGGAGGUGGCUCGGGCGAAGAAGAACGGCCUCGACUAUCUUUUCCACCUCUACGACCAGUGCCGCCACUUCCUCCUCCAAGUGCAGGCCCUAGCCCGCCAGCACGGCCACAAGUGCCCCACCAAGGUUACAAACCAAGUGUUCCGAUACGCGAAGAAGGUGGGGGCGAGCUACAUCAACAAGCCCAAGAUGCGGCACUACGUGCACUGCUACGCGCUGCACUGCCUGGACGAGGAGGCGUCGAACGCGCUGCGGCGGUCGUUCAAGGAGCGGGGGGAGAACGUGGGGGCGUGGCGGCAGGCGUGUUACAAGCCGCUGGUGGCGAUUUCGGCGAGGCACGGCUGGGAUAUCGACGCCGUCUUCAGCGCCCACCCUCGCCUCUCCGUCUGGUACGUCCCCACCAAGCUCCGCCAGCUCUGCCAUCUCGCCCGCAGCAACGCCGACACCUCCACCAGCUCCGUCAACGGGCUUCCUGCGGCGCCGCCGCCGAUCAUGUUCUAGGUCCCUUGGAUUGUAUUCAACAUCCUUGGAUUUGUUUAUCGUAUUCGACAUCCCUGGAUUGAUCGACCCA